UCAAUUGGGCCAUGUUUAUAAUCCCUCCUGAAUCAUCACCACUGAAUCCACACAGAACGAUGAAGUUUGGAAAGGAAUUUGCUUCACAAAUGGUGCCGGAAUGGCAGGCAGCAUAUAUGAACUACAACCACCUCAAGAUUCUCGUAAAAGAAAUCUCUAUUUUCCGGCGACUGCAGCAGAAUGGUUCACCGCCGUCGAGUCAAGCAAACCCACCACCACCAUUACAAGGGUCUUCUAUGAAGAAAAAAGUGUCUCUUCACAGAGCCUUCAGUGGACUAACAAACAGCAAUCCCGAUAACAAGGAUAAAGAGGACGAAGUGAUUCUGGUAAGUGCAAUGCAUCAGUCGUCGGAGGAAAACUACCAGACUAUUUUUCUCCGGUCAUCGGAGGACGGUGGAGAGGCUGAGCUGCAUUUCUUCAGAAGACUUGAUGAUGAGUUCAACAAAGUGAUCAAUUUCUACAAAGCAAAGGUUGGGGAGAUGGUGAACGAAGCCGACGAGUUGAGUAAACAAAUGAACGCUCUCAUUGCGCUUCGAAUGAAACUCGAAGAUCCGGCUUUCUGCAGUUCAUCUCCUGUAUUUUCCUCUCGGCUCUUCGACGAAGAACAAAUCAGAGAGGUGAUUAGAGAAACCAAGAUGCAUAGCAAACGGAGAACGGGAAGUGAUCACAGAAUCGACAAGGAACACGAGAUGGUUUCCUUAGGAGUUCUAAACCACGUAAAGAUCAACGUUGCAUCAGAAUCCCCGAUAUCUUCGUUGAAACACGCUUUCAGUAGUUCAAAAUCGGGGGUUUCCUUUAGCAAAAGGGAACUCCGAGAUGCAGAACGAAAGUUGAAGCAGGCUUUCAUCGAAUUCCACCAAAAGCUUCGUUAUUUGAAAAGCUACUCCUUCUUGAAUCGAUUGGCUUUCUCCAAGAUCAUGAAGAAGUACGAUAAGGUCACGUCUAGAAAUGCAUCAAAAGCUUAUUUAGAGAUGGUUGAGAAAUCUUACUUGACCCAAUCUAAUGAGGUCGCUAAGCUUGUAGAGAGCGUUGAAGCUGUUUUUAUAGAACAUUUCUCCAACGGAAACCGCAGUCAAGGAUUGAAAAUGUUAAGGCUAAAAGCUAAAACAGACAAGCAUAGAAUUACUUUUUUCAUGGGGUGCUUCGUGGGAUGCUCGUUAGCGCUUGUCGUGGCCAUCGUGUUAAUUACACACGCUAGAAAACUUCUCAAGAGCGACGGUCGCGAUCAAUAUAUGACUAACGUAUUUCCAUUGUACAGUGUGUUUGGAUACCUCGUGUUACAUAUGCUGAUGUACGCUGGAAACGUGUACUACUGGAAGCGUUUUCGCAUCAAUUAUUCUUUUAUUUUCGGGUUCAAACCGAAUACUGAAUUGGGUUUUCGAGAAAUCCUACUUAUCAGUUCUGCUCUAUCAGUACUCGCUCUUGCAGCCGUACUCUCAAAUCUUGAAAUGGACAUGGAUGAAAGUAUUAAAAGCUUCAGAACUGUAACUGAACUACUCCCUUUAGGCUUAGUCAUCGUUGUACUUUUGAUAGCGGUUUGCCCGUUUAACAUUGUUUACCGUACAAAUCGUUUCUUCCUGAUAACGUGCUUAUGGCAUUGUAUUUGUGCUCCUCUUUACAAAGUUACUCUUCCUGAUUUCUUCUUGGCUGAUCAGCUAACCAGUCAGGUUCAGUUAUUAAGGAAUUUGCAAUUCUAUAUAUGCUACUACGGUUGGGGAGACUACAAGAAGAGAGAAUCCACUAGGUGUCAAGGAGCCCUUUACAACAAUGUCUAUUUAGUCAUUGCUAUUAUACCUUAUUGGAUUCGAUGCGCGCAGUGCCUACGACGGUUGUUUGAAGGAGAAGACUCGAGUCAAGGUGUGAACGCACUCAAGUACUUGUCGACAGUUGCUUCUGUUAUCACGAGAACGUUUUACGCUCAAAAGAAAGGAUUGACAUUGAAAAUCAUGGCUGCAUCCACAUCAACCGUGGCUACAGUUUUCAACACCUAUUGGGAUUUGGUGUGCGAUUGGGGUCUUAUACGAAGAAACUCCAAGAACCCGUGGUUAAGAGACAGACUCCUUUUGCCACACAGAUCUAUCUACUUCUUAGCGAUGGUGGUGAACGUGAUACUAAGACUAGCUUGGAUGCAAACCGUGUUAGAUUUUCACGAAGGGCCGUUCCUUCAUCGAACGGCAUUAACCGCUAUGGUCGCGAGUCUGGAGAUCAUUCGCCGUGGUGUAUGGAACUUCUUCAGGCUGGAGAACGAACAUUUGAACAACGUCGGAAAAUAUCGAGCCUUCAAAUCUGUACCAUUACCUUUUAGUUAUGAGAACCACAAGGAUGUAUAAAC